AUGCGUUCUGCCUUGCGAGCCAUCGCGUUGCAUGUGUCAUCUGUCAUCUCGAUUGCGGCCGCUCAAACCGCCCGAGGCUGUCAGUCGUGCAAUACCUCUGCACCGACCGCGACCAUUGAUUCUGGAUCUAUCAUUGGCAGAACUACUAAGCUUCCCGAUUCAGGAGCACCAGUGAAACAGUUUCUAGGCAUUCCAUUCGCUCAGCCACCUAUCAAGGACUCACGCUUUUUGCCUCCUGAGCCAGCACAGCCUUGGGAUGAAGCCUAUAAUGCGACUUCGCAGCCAUUUGCGUGCAUGCAGUACCUGGGGCCUCCAGGACCUGCGAAAGACAUCGGAGUGGCUCUGUUCAACUCACCACCACCACCUGGAGAGAGCGAGGACUGUCUCUACUUGAACGUGUACGUUCCUGAAGGCGGAGCAGCGGAAAAGGCUGUCUUGUUCUGGAUACAUGGCGGCUCGAACAGGGCCGGCGCUGCAUCAGAGCCCCUAUACGAUGGAACGAGUUUCGCGGCAAACCACGACAUAAUUGUGGUCGCAAUGAACUAUCGCCUUGGUGUGUUUGGCUUUCCAAGAGCACCACAGCUUCCACUUACAGAACGGAACCUGGGGGCUCUUGACCAAAUUUUGGCCCUUGAUUGGGUUCAGCGAAACAUACGUGCCUUUGGCGGUGAUCCGAGAAAGGUGACACUCAUGGGAGAGUCGGCCGGCGCAAUGGCAGUAAGCAACUUCAUCAAUACGUAUCCUGAUGAUCCACCGUUUCGCGCUGGGGUGCUCCAAUCUGGCAGUAGCGUCGUCAAAAUUCCACCUGGCACGCUCAACGACGAUGCCACAGCAUGGACGGGCUUGCUCGAGCACCUCAACUGCAGUAACACUCCGGAUAGUGGAAUCCUUGCGUGUGUUCGGGCUGUGCCUGCUACAGCUUUGAAAGAAAUCACCGAAACUAAUGCCAUCUUGUUUGGCGAUGCGGUUUUAGACAACUUCACUGUCCUCGAGUACCCGGCUGAGGCUUGGACAAUGGGCAAGGUUGCGAAAGUUCCAAUUCUCAUUGGUAGUACGGCCGAUGACGGUAGCGUCUUCACUUUAAGCGCCGGUGACAACGUCACUGCAUUCAUCGAAGCAAGCUUCGGUGUCGGCAGUGCUUUGAGUCAAAGUCUUGGCCAGCUCUAUGCUUAUAACGCCCCGGCUACAGCUGGGCUCACCACUGGUCAACAGAUAAUCGCGCAGAUAGCGACAGACGCCACUUUUCGCUGCACGAGUGGUUUCGUUGCCAAUCUUACCUCGACACGGCUUGAUGUGCCCGUCUGGCAGUACGUAUUCGAUGCUGUGGUCCCCAGUAAUGAGUGGGAGGAAUAUCCCGGACUGGGUGUCUAUCAUGCCUCCGAGAUUGCGCUUAUUUUUGGCACGUAUCCCAGAGAGAAUUCGACGGAGGCCGAGGCAGCACUGAGCCAAUCCAUGCAAAAGCAAUUCGCCGACUUUGUUAAAAACCCAGAACGGGGACCAGGCUGGGAUCAGUGGCCAGACGUGGGGAUACUAAGUGUGAAUGGGACCAAUGCCGUGACUACCGUCGAGGACGUGCGCGAUCUGGAUGCAGUUUGUGUAGUAUGGGACCAAGUGUUCGCCUUGGCAUUAUCCUCAGCUUCCAGUGCCACUAGGAACUCCAGUGACUCAGCUACGCAAACUAGCUCUUCCACAGCCUCUGAAUCGAGCACCAUAGUGUCAUCCAAUGCCAGCACCAACUUUGCUGGCCUUGUUUGGAGUAGUUGUUUUGGUAUAGCUGGUAUUGCAUUGCUUGGCCUCACAGUGUUGUUGUGA